GCGCGAGCGAGGAGGGCGAGGACGAGGAGGAGGAGGGGAGAGGCGACAGGAGGCAUUCGGUUUCGGUCGUGAGCCGCUCGGAAAGAGGGAGGAUGGAGGCGAAGGAGAUCGGAAUGGAGUCGCCUGAAGUGACGACGGUUUCGGUGAUGGGGGAAGAGCAGCUCGACAUCGCCGAGCAGCUGCCGAACUCGGACGAGGGCGCCUUCGCAGAAGUGACAACGGUGACGGUGGGAAACAUGACAGCAGCAGACAAUGUCUUCACGACAUCAGUGGCCAACGCCUCUAUUUCCGAGCACGUGCUGUCUGGACGAACGACUCUUCAGAUUGGAGAAGGCCUCCCCACAGACAAGGCCACCCUGAUCGUGGUCCACACGGACGGCAGCAUCGUAGAAACGACUGGCUUAAAGGCCCCGAGCACCCCAGUGACUCCAGGCCCGCAGACCCCUUCGACUCCUCUGACUCUGGGGCCAGAGAAAGACGGGACCAAGUACCACUGGGAUCCGUCGGUGUAUGAGAACGAGCUCCCGGUCAGGUGCCGGAACAUCAGUGGAAUUCUGUACAAAAACAAGCUCGGCUCAGGAGGCCGUGGGCGAUGCAUUAAGAACGGGGAAACGUGGUUUACGCCCACAGAGUUCGAAGGUAUAGCCGGGAGAGCCAGCAGCAAAGACUGGAAGAGAAGCAUACGAUAUGCAGGGAGACCUUUACAGUGUCUGAUCCAAGACGGAAUCCUGAAUCCCCACGCAGCUUCCUGUACCUGUGCCGCCUGCUGUGACGACAUGUCUCUGGUGGAGCGUCUCACCAUAGCGGUGCUCUCCAAAUCGGGGGGAUGGGAGAGGGCAAAACUGAGCUUGCCAGGCUCGGCCCACUGCAGUGCACCUACAGGCAGCCAGUCUCGGGGAGACACUGUCAACAGCUGCGGAGAAGUCUGCGGCGUCGACCUCCCGGCUGAGGGCACCUGGGUGAAGGAGGACGGCAAACGAGUGACGGGCGCUUUCGUUCUCUCUGCACAGACCGGACCCGUCAGGCUGUUUGUGCCAUACAAACGGCGCAAGAAGGAGAACGAGCAGACGGUCACCCCGGUCAAGAAAGAAUCGCCGAAGAACAUCACCCUGCUCCCGGCCACACCAGGCACCACAUUUACAAUGACACCAGCCGGACAGAUCACUGGCUCCGCGGCCCUGACAUUUGACCGCAGCUCCUCGGGGGACACCACAGCCAUCAUCUCCAACAGCACAGCCCCAGGAGACGUCUUCACCGGAACCACAGUUACAAUGACACCAGCCGGACAGAUCACUGGCUCCGCGGCCCUGACAUUUGACCGCAGCUCCUCGGGGGACACCACAACCAUCAUCUCCAACAGCACAGCCCCAGGAGACGUCUUCACCGGAACCACAGUGUUGGCGUCGCUGCCCGCCCUGGGUGUGCCAACGCCCUGCACCCCAACCAAAGCCCCGUCGCCUGGGACCCUGAACGGCCUGGAGGUGGCCGAGGGCCGCAGCUGGCUGUACCUGGAGGAGACGGCCAACUCGCUGAUGGCCAUGGCCCAGCAGCUGAAGACCUUGAUCGAGCAGGUGAAGCAGGCCAGCGCGGCCUUCCGGGAGGCUGCUGUCUCUCAGGCCAAGAUACAGGCGGAGACGGAGAGGAAAGAGAAUCUCAACCAAUACCAGAAUCAAAUGCCCCUUCACCAGGGAGAGGACGCGGAUGGGAAAACUGAGAUCAUCAUCAAACAAACAUGUAUAAACUGUGGGCGAGAGGCGAUGAACGAGUGCACGGGCUGCCACAAGGUUCAUUACUGCUCCACGUUCUGCCAGCGCAAGGACUGGAAAGACCACCAGCACAUGUGCGGGCAGCCCACCACGCUCACAGUGCAGGCCGAGGACGUCCAGGUCACGGAAGUCGAUCUUGAAAAGGUCAAGGUUUAAACCCUUCCUGCCACCCACCAGACUCUAUUUUUUUGAGCCUUUUUUUUUGGAGACAAUUUGAGGGAGCGCUUGGAUUCAGUAUUCAGCGAGGCUCCCGCUGAGCUCGGGGUGUGACACGACAAUCCUUCGCUCUGCGCUCUGAACUAUUUGGGUUGUCGGACCUGCCUUCCUGUGGAUGGGACGUUAAACUGAGGUCUGAUCCCCCUGUUUCAGAUGGACAUUAAAGAUC